CCUUCUAGAACCCACUCACACUGCCCACCUGUUCCGCUGCCUCCGUGUCCUCCCCGGUCUCUGUCUGAACGAGCUCCUCCUCUCUGGCCUGCAGCCCUGGACACUUUACUCUCCCAGGUUCCCAAAGGCAAGGUCAGCGGCCUGCCCACAGCCUUUGGUGGCAAGCGCUUCCAGCUCUGGGCUCUGGGAUUCUUCUGCACAGAGCGGCACCUGGCCAAACGGCUCAAGAGCAACAGCUUCUACCCCUUCACACAGCAGCAGCCUGGAGGUGCAGGGCCCCCGUGGGCGUGGGGUGGGAGGGAGGCCAUUCCUGGUUCUCAUGCCCCGGUGAUGCCUUCAGUCUUUGUGCUCGAGUACUACCUGGACACAGUCUGGAAGGGGGCGCUGCUCUUCCUCAUCUGCUUCGCGCUGGUCUCCACCAACUUCUUGAAGCAGGUGCAGAUGCAGCAGACCUGGGGCUUCUCGGCCUACGGCAUGGGUGUGGGCCUGUGGCUCCUGGUCUCGUCUCUGCCUCGGCGCCGGCUGGUGCUGAACCACACCCGAGGCAUGUACCACUUCUCCAUCCAGGGCCGCACCGUGUGUCAGGGGCCCAUGCACCUGGUCUACAUGCGCCUGGCGCUCAGCUCUGACGCUUAUGGAAGGUGCUUCUUCCAGCUGGUCCUGGGCGGCCACAAGCUGGAGCCCCUGGUACUGGUGCAGAUGUCGGAGCGCUACGAGCAAAUGGAAUACCUGGGCCGUCGCAUGGCCCAGAAGCUCAACAUUAACUACUUUGACUACCUGGCCACGUCCUACCGGCAUGUCGUCCGGCACUGGCCACUGGGGGCCAGCUUUAGCCCAGGCAUCGUGCAGCGCAAGACCCGCAUGUAUGAAAAGCCAAGCGCCGCAGAACUGGAGGUGUGACCCCCGAGUCUGAGCCCACCUCUCCCCCUCCCUCC